GUUAAGGGGGCGGAGCCGCGGGCCCUCCGGCGCGUCGGUCGGUCGGUCGGUCCGGUGGGGGCGUCCGCCCGGUGCGACGAUGACGGCCGAGCUGCAGCAGGCCCAGGACGAGUGGGCCGCGCCCGGCGGGCGAGCGCAGACCUGCAGUUUGCUCCUAAACCAGCUAAAAGAGAUCACGGGCAUUCACAAUCCGCUGUUUCUCCAGGCGGCCCUGAAGGCUGCAGAUGGAAACCUAAUGCAGGCGGUGGGCUUCCUCACCGAAGGCCGUGACCGAGAGCUGGGGGAAGACCCCACUACUGCUGACGGCGAGGGCCAAGCAGGGCAGUCUAGCACUCUGAAUGAGGCCCCACAGGAUCAUGCUGGUUUUCAGGAACCCGUUCCUUCCGGCGCCCAAGAUUUCUCAACUGGGAAGAAGGAUUUUCUUGCAACAAUGAAUGCAGCCUAUGAGCCCAGCAUGGCUGAAAACAAAAAUCGUUCCAAAAGGAAACGCUGUGAGGUCUGGGGAGAGAACCCUACCCAGGGUGACUGGAGGAGAGUCAGCGGCUGGCCGGCUGGGAUGAAGAACAUUGGAAACACCUGCUGGUUCAGUGCAGUCAUACAGUCUCUCUUCCAGCUGCCAGAAUUCCGGCACCAGGUUCUGAACUACUCCCUCCCCGAAGCGGUCCUUGAGACCUGCCGCAGCCGCAGCGAAAAGAGGAACGUUGCAUUCAUGCAGGAACUCCAGUAUCUCUUUGCCUUAAUGCUGGGAACACACCGUAAAUUUGUAGACCCAGCUACGGCACUGGAACUUCUCAGAGGGGCAUUCAGAUCUCCUGAGGAGCAGCAGCAAGAUGUGAGUGAGUUUACCCACAAACUCCUGGAUUGGCUUGAAGAUGCUUUCCAACUGACCGUGGAUGUUAAGAAUUCCCAGGACAAAUUGGAGAACCCAAUGGUUCAGCUUUUUUACGGAACUUUUCUAACAGAAGGGGUCCACGAAGGUAAGACGUUUUCCAAAAUAGAGACCUUUGGGCAGUAUCCCCUGCAGGUCAAUGGCUUCAAGAAUUUGCACGAGUGCUUGGAAGGAGCUAUGGUGGAGAAGGAUGGCGAGCCCGGCCCUUCUAAGCAGCCGGUGACCUAUACGCAAGAGCGCUGGUUUACAAAACUCCCCCCAGUGCUGACGUUUGAACUUUCCCGGUUUGAGUUCAACCAGUCCCUUGGGCAGCCGGAGAAGAUACACAGCAAGCUGGAGUUCCCACCCGUCAUUUACAUGGAUAGGUUUAUGUACGCUAAUAAAGAAAUUAUUCAAGCUAAAAGAGAAGAGAUCGGGAAACUGAAAGAUCAGAUGACAGUUUUACAGCAGCACUUGGAGAAGUACACAAGAUACGGUUCUGGCGCAGACCGCUUCCCCUUGCCGGAUAUGCUGCAGUACGUUCUUGAAUUUGCAAGGACCAAGCCGUCCGCAGCCACGUCCUGUGCAGCAGCCGCCGUGCCUGCAGAAGCUAAGGCGGAGGAAGAAGCCUCAGAAAUGCCUCCCGAGCAAAGCAGGUGCCCGGCGGAGAUGCCGGAAGACCCUGUUCCUCAUGCCGCCUCUAAAGACGGAAGGAAUCUUGUCAUUGCCUGCCUGCAGCAGUGGAGGGAGGAGGUUGAGCAGGACAUAAAAGACCUGAAGACCUCCAUGGUGGUGCUUUCCGAGUCAAUGGACCAAGUCUAUGCUGAUUCUCAACUCCACCAGGUCCCUUACCGCUUGCAUGCUGUGUUGGUCCAUGAAGGCCAGGCCAAUGCUGGCCAUUACUGGGCCUACAUCUACAGCCUGCCUCAAAGGAACUGGCUCAAAUAUAAUGACAUUGCAGUGACAGAGUCUUCCUGGGAAGAAUUGGAAAGGGAUUCGUUUGGCGGCUCGAAGAAUGCCAGCGCCUAUUGCCUCAUUUAUGUCCGUAAAAAGCUACCACCCUUUGCGGCAGAUUAUGAUGACGGACAAAUAGAGAGAGAAGUGGAAGGGCUGCCUCUGGAACUUCAACGCUACAUAGAAGAGGACAACUGGAGGGUAGAACAGGAGAUGGCUGAGCUGGAAGAACAGUCCUACAAAAUGGCCCAGAUAGACCAAUCCUCCCCAUCUCUGGAGUCCCAGAACCUGUCUUCCGAUUCAAGCCAAGAACACUCCUUCCCCUGUGAGUGCGGGACGCAUUCGCUCUCCUCUGAGCACGCCAUGCUGGCAAAGGAGCAGACUGCUCAAGCUGUCGCCAAGACCGCUGACAUCUAUGAGAAGGACGGGAUCCCAGCCGCACUCGAGCAGUCCAAGGAGGCCAAUGCAGAGGAGGCCCUCCCGGAAGAAGCCCGUCCUGCAGCGCAGGCAGAAGAGCCACCGGAAGCGGAGGGGGGGGAGCCUUCCGCCCCACCCGGCUCCCAGGUCUCUGAAGUGGAGAUCCCCAGCGUGGGGAAGAUCCUAGUUAGAUCGGACGCGGAUGGCUAUGACGAGGAGGUGAUGCUUAGCCCCGCCAUGCAAGGGGUGAUCCUGGCUAUUGCUAAAGCCCGUCAGACCUUUGAUCGCGAUGGGUCUGAAGCAGGGCUAGUCAAGGCAUUCCGUGAAGAAUAUUCCAGACUGUAUUCGCUGUCUAAAGAGACCCCGACUCCACAGAACGAUCCCCGCCUUCAGCACGUCCUCGUUUACUUGCUGCAGAACGACGCACCCAAGCAAGUGGUGGAACGGACUCUCCUGGAACAGUUUGCAGACAAAAACCUCAGCUAUGACGAAAGGUCAAUUAGCAUUAUGAAGGUAGCACGGGAAAAGUUGAAAGGAAUUGGCCCAGAUGAGGUGGACAUGGAAGCGUACAAGAAAUGGCACGAAGACUACAGCUUGUUCCGCAAGGUGUCCGUUUAUCUCUUGACGGGGUUGGAGCUCUAUCAGAAAAACCAAUUCUGCGAGGCUCUGACCUACCUGGUGUUCGCCCACCAGACCAACACGGCCCUGCAAGCGAAAGGACCCGGCAGGGGCGCGGACGCCUCCCUGAUCGCCCUGUACAGAAGGAAGUGCCUGCUGAAGCUGAACGAUGCGGCAGCUGUCCUGUUUGAAAGCAAUGAUGGGAAAGACGUGGAUGAAGGUGUGAGCAUCUUGAAUGAACUCGUCAUCCCCUGCAUGCACCUUCUCAUGAACAGCAACGUCUCCAAAGACGACCUGGAUGCCAUUGAGGUCAUGAGGAACCGCUGGUGUGCUUACCUGGGAAAGGACAUGGGCGAGAAGUUGCAAAUGAAGCUGGGUGAAUUUCUUCCCCGCCUGCUGGAUUGCUCUCCAGAGGGAGUUGUUCUGAAAGAGCCCCCCAAGAUCCGCCCAAACUCGCCCUACGAUCUGUGCAGCCGAUUUGCAGCUGUGAUGGAGUCCAUUCACAGGGCCUCAGCGGUGGCUGUGAAGUAACGGCGGCCAGCCAUCUUAGCCCCAGCUCUGGACGCCUCUGCCCGCCCCCCCCCCCCCAGUGGAAUCCAGCUGCCAGACAACUUUGGGAAGGAUCCUUGAGGAGGGGACUGCACUGAAAGGAUCCACCUCCAGCCUGAACGGAGAUGCUGGGUGUGUCUAGGAAAGAGCUAGGAGGCGUGUGGUGCUCUUUGACGUGCAUUAGUUAUAUGCAGGCACUAAUUUUGGAACCUGCACUGAGGCUUCCAGUUGUACUUUGGCUUUAGCUCCUGCAAGGAAGUUGUGGGAAACAUUUUAGAAGAAAUCUCCAAUUUUAAACUAAGCGUUGUAUAUAGACAGUUCCAUCUUGCCCGGUUGGUAUGUUAUCUGGCCAAUAGCUUCAGGUGCUUCUUGAGAGCAUUUUGUGUGUGCCCCUUUAACAUUUUAAAGGUACCUGCCACACAUGCUGAUCUCCUGAUGCAUUCAUUUGGCACCAGCGGGCUCCCCGAAUGGGUCAGCACCUGGGAGUGUGUUUAAUUGUGAUGCGGCCUGCGUGGGAUACUGACCAGGGCCACUUAACCCUUGGUGACCUCAGAGCACAGCCUGACCAGGCAUAAGUAGAGUCAUAACCCGGGGGUUAAAUAACAUACAUGUUACCUCUGGGUGAAGAAGCUAAACUGUAAACAAGGCUUAUUCUCAUGGUGAGACCACACGCUUGUUGGCAAUCCAUCUGCUGCCUUACGUAGCCAUGCUGUGGCUGUGGCAGAACGCAGCUGCUGCGUUGCUGUUGGCGAAAUGCGGACAGCAGAACUGCAGAACCAGUUCCAGUGGAGGGCAGAGACGGGAAGCAGCUUUCUUGAGCCUCCCCAACCAUAUUUUCUUGGACAACAAUCACUGAAGUUUAAUUACCGGGGUAGUAGUGGCAAAUAAAUGCACUGAAGUCAGGAUAAAACCAUGUUUAAUAACUCACACUUUUAACAGUUAUGUUUUCCUCAAGAUAUUUUAAAGCAAUCUGUUUUUUAUUAGAACGCUAACAAAUCAAGACGGAAAUACAAAUCUGACGAGAUUUCUGGUUUCAAAGUGCAAUAAACAUUACCCUAUUUAAAGAUA